GACAGUCAGCACAGUACUUUGGAGCAAGAAGACAAUGGCCAAGCUAACUGACCUGCCUGAUGAACUGCUCCACAGGAUAAUCGAUGACAUGAUCAAUCGUUUUCGUGACCACACCCACGAUCGACUCGGGGAGUUUCGACAGCGAUCACGACCUCAUCGCAUGGCAUUCAGAUCAUUCGAUGAUGGCACUUUGAUUCGUCCCGGCGCGUUGCGAACUGACCCAGAAACGCCAUUCCCAGUUUCAUGGCCAGAGGGUCUCCCACGCAGGCCAUUGGUGCCCCUGACUCUGGUCAACCGCAAAUUUCGACAGUGCGCUCAAGAGGCACUCUUCAAAAAUGUGGCUCUGAAAUCCCAAUGGCAGGCACAGUUAUUCCUACAGGCGCUGACUUACCAACAUCCUCAGCCCGAGUCUGGGGCGACGCAUCCCCCCGAUCAAAUACUAGAAUCCCAGCCCAAGUUGCAAGAAAGGCGGAAUCGAGUGCGAACAAUCAUCUACAAUCAAUCCGUCACGCCAAAAAUCAAGUAGCUCGCUAUGUUCGCUCGUUACAAUGCCGUUUGCGCGGUCACUGUUCGAUGGGAAUGGGUGGUGGCUCUGUGAUUUGUGACAUCAUCCGAAGCUGUCCUCGUCUGGAAAAUAUUGAAAUGUGUACCUUGUUUCAGAAUCAUUGUAAAGAGCCCAUCUUCCAAGCUCUCGCAAGUCGGCGCCUUAUCAAAGAUUUCGUUGCUUACAAUCACCCUGACACAGCUCCCGUGGUGGUCGGGUGGAUGGUCGAUGAGGUGGUGACCUGUUUAUUCUCUAAAUGGGACUUGCUCGAGACGGUCGAGAUCGACAAACUCUCUGGUCGACCGAUUGAGACGAUCGAGGCCAUUCAUCAAUCAAUCCCUGUUCUGAAUUUCGCCUUGAAAACGCUCAUCUUGAACCAGCCUGAUUUACAUGAGAGGGAAAUCUUAUGGAUCCUAAUGAGCUCUCGAGAUAGCCUCCGGGAUCUCCAGAUCAGCAGCCCAAGCCUCAAGCUCGACCGGCGCGGGUUAUACCGAAUUCUGACGGAAUACACGAGCCCGGCUUUACACUCCUUGAAAAUCGCUGUGGACGCAAAUUGGCAUCCGAUCGAUCCUUCAAGAAACGGGGGAUCCUCAGACGACCCACGCCUGAACCCCGGCUUACUGGACAUGAUCUGGAGAUCUUCUUGUAAUUUGAGCCAGCUACAAUCCUUGUACAUCAAGGGGCAACUGGCCGGUUCCGAUUUUUUCACUCUCUUGCCUCAGUCUAUCGUAAGUCUUAAGUGGGAUUGUGAUGAUCUGCAGGGCUCUGCGCUCGUUCGGGUCCUGUCGCGUUGGGGAAAGAACGAAAAGGAUCAAUCUGCGGAGUCACUCGAAUCUCAGCGAGAUCCCCACGUUGACAACAAUGAACAUACUGAAUGGCUACCCAAUUUGAAGUGCUGCUCAUGUCGCAGUGAUACGGGUUGGCGCUCAGAAGACCGAGAAGCGAUUGAGAAGGCCUUGGAAGCGCGAGGGGUUUGCUAUCACAGUCUUUACAAUGAACUGCAUCCCCCACCCCCACCAGAGGGAUGGGCACCUUCAUGGGCAGAAAUGUACAUGGACAUGGAAGGCGAUAUGUUGGAAGAUGACGUGUUGGAAGAUGACGUGUUGGAAGAUGACGUGUUGGAAGAUGACGUGUUGGAAGAUGACGUGUUGGAAGAUGACGUGUUGGAAGAUGACGUGUUGGAAGAAGAAUUGUAAGGAAUGGAAGGUGAAGUGAUGGAAGCUGUCGUGCUUCAAGGGGAUUACGGCCUGGCUAAUGAAAUUUGGCGAGUCUCAAUAUCUCAUAAUACUGUGAACACAAAUUGAAUAAUAGAAACAAACGAAAACAAGUGGAUAAUAAGUGCUCAACCGUUUUUGUGAUGGCAUAUAUUACAACAGACGGUACCAGUUGAAGCAAAGGGAAAUGGAAAGGGAUUGAUGAGUUAUUUGGAGUCGACCGAGCCUAUGAGAAAUGAGAAACACCGAUAGUCCGCAUCAGGCAUACUGGUGAUUGAGG